CCACCGUUUCGCAUCCCACAUUUGAAGGACAUAGGACCGAGCUCCCCGAAUGGAUUCGCUUAACGCAACCGAGUUCUGCAUUCUGGCAGAUCGUCACUUUGGCCCUCAGGUCCAAGUUCGCUGCCGAAGCUUUGAUUUUACGGUCGCAUUUGAAGAAAGCAUUUUGUCUGUUCUCCCCUCCGUGCUGUUUAUCGUAUCGGCCGCCUUCCGCAUCGGCAUCCUUUACAGAACGAAGCCGAAGGUCGGCGCGAAACUAUGGCAACUGUUCAAGCUGUCACUGGGGGCGGUUUUCGGUUUGUGUCAGUUACUUCUUCUUGUGUUCUAUCUUUUACCACACGGUGGCAGCCAUCAGCCACUUGCGAUCGCGUCAUUGGCUCUAUCUGUAGCAGACGCGACAUUCCUCUGUGUGCUCUCGUACCUUGAACACGAAAAGGCAAUCGCCCCAUCAAGUGUCUUGCUCGUUUACCUUUCCUUGUCGACAUUAUUGGAUGCUACCCGCCUCCGAACCCUUUGGCUACUUGGUGAUGGCAGAGUACCAUUCAAGGCAAUUUCAUCCAUCAGCUUGGCCGUUAAACUGUCUGUCCUUCUUGCUGAAUCACUGGCGAAGACGAAGCACUUUCUUGAUCCAGAUGCUGCUAGCCUGUCCCCGGAAGAAACGGGGGGGAUAUUCAGCAAUGGUUUCUUCCUGUGGACAAACUCCUUGCUCUUGAAGGGAUUCAAAAAGGUCCUCUCUUUAAGUGACCUUUACCAUCUGCCGCAGAGCUGCGUGGUUAUUGGACAAGACCCAGCGUUUCGAUAUGCCUUCGAAAAAAGCAAGACAAAGCACUACAAGCUCGUCACGGUUACUCUGAAAAUGUUCAAGUAUAGGUUGAUGUGGCCAGUGAUUCCCCGGCUAUUCCUUCUGGCAUUUACUUUGCUACAGCCCGUUUUGAUGCUGGAACUCCUUCAAUGGCUAGAGGAAUCAUCUUUGAGGGACCAGAGCAUCGGCUAUGGUAUACUAGGCGCCUACGUGAUCGUGUAUAUUGGCUUGGCUGUUGCCACUGGGUCAUAUUGGCGUCUUCAGCUAAGAUUCAUCACACUUCUCAGGGGAACUCUUAUCUCAGCAAUAUACCAGAAGGCAUUCACGUUAAACGAUGCGGAUGCAAAGAAAGCUACAAUAUCCUUGAUGAGUACUGAUGUUGAGAUGGCAUGCACCGGAUUGGAGCAAUUUCACGAGAUAUAUUUCAGUCUAUUGCAGAUCGGCUUAGCAAUUUGGCUCUUGGAGCGGCAGGUCGGAGUUGCCUGCGUAUCUCCCGCCAUAGUGGCAACUGCUUGUGCCAUUGCGACUUAUAAGCUAUCACAAUAUGUUGGUCAAAGCCAGAAAGCAUGGCUGGAGAGUGUACAGCAACGACUAAAUGCUACUACAUCAAUGCUGUCAUACAUGAAAACUGUGAAAAUGUCUGGGUUUACGAGAAACCUUUUCAAUAGGAUUUACAACCUUCGAGAUGCUGAACUCAAUGCCGCCUCAGGAUACCGGGGCUUACUAGUAUGGGUUAUGGGUUUGGCAUACGCCCCUUCGGCAAUAUCUCCAGUUGUCACCCUAGCUAUCUACGCUGCUAUACGAUCUGAUACCUGGAGUACAUCUAGCGCAUCUAAUAUCUAUACAGCAAUUUCAUUGAUAGGACUCAUAUCGUCUCCCCUUGUUACUGUCUUCCAACAGGUACCGAUGGUUGUAGCUGCUCUAAGCUGCCUGGAUCGAAUCGAAAGGUUCCUAGAUCUUCCAGUCCACAACGAUUACCGGGAGCCAUUCAGCUCACACGGGUCUCAAAUUGCAUCGGAAAAGCAAGCUACGAGCUCCGUUACGCCCCUGCCAGACCAUGAGGAUACGGGUAGAUCUCGUAUUGCUUUGACCCUCCACGACGCAAGCUUUUCUUACCCCGAAUCACCGUCCAUCGUGCUUCAGAAUAUGACAGUUAGUAUCCAACGGUCACAAGUAACACUGAUCAUGGGGCCUGUUGGCAGUGGAAAGUCUGCGUUGUUGCGAGCCAUGAUUGGUGAAAUGAAUUUGCUUACAGGAAGCCUGCGGAAGGACAUUGGCGACUGUGCAUAUUGUGACCAGAAUUCAUGGCUUCAAAACGAGUCCAUUCGUACCAAUAUUGUUGGUAAUAACGACGACUUUGACACCGAGCUCUACAAGAAAACGAUUUGGGCCUGCGAUUUGGAACAGGACCUAAGUGAAAUCCCCGAGCGGGAUUCAGCCAAGGUUGGAAGCAACGGCAUAUCGUUGAGCGGGGGGCAAAGGCAAAGAAUCUCCAUAGCCAGAGCUGUAUAUGCCCGGAAAGAGCUUUUUAUAUUGGACGAUAGCUUUAGUGCUCUCGAUCCCCGGACGGAGGAGAACCUGACUCGGCGUCUUCUCAGACCUAAUGGUAUGAUGCGAGCAAACGGACAGACAGUCAUCAUUGCUUCGAACAAAGAAAGCCUGCUACUGUCGGCUGACUUUGUUAUACUGCUCGACACCGAUGGCAGAAUCCAAGCACAAGGAUCUCCACAACAGCUGGCGCCGCUGUUCACUGUUCAGGCCAGAGAAUUAAGCCUGGACGAUAACAAGUGUCAUGCCUCCAGCCAAACAGACUCAUUGGCUCCAGAUGUCUCACCCCGCCAGCAAUUAAAACCGACCGAAAGGAAGGAAUUCAAAUCGGAUAUAACAAAGGUUUCAGUGUAUGGUUCCUAUUUGCGAUCGAUGGGCCUCUGGAAAGGGGCAGUGUUCUGUGUCUUCCUGACACUCCAGACGUUCUUUUCCAAAUUCCCAACUGUCUGGCUUCAGUGGUGGCUGGAUGGAGAACCUCACAAGAUGAGUCAUUCGUAUGCGAAGUACAUUGGGAUAUACAGUCUUUUCCAGGGUGCCGCCUUGACUUUUACACUUCUAUCGGCUUUCCAGCAGCUGCGCAUCGUUAUGCCAAGAACAAGUCGCUAUUUUCAUACUCGUCUCUUGAAGGCGACUGUGAGCCUUCCAAUGUCUACUUUUACAGUGAUCGACACAGGAUCAAUUACAAAUAAAUUUAGUCAGGACUUGCAACUGAUCGACUGGAAUUUGCCGAUCACCUUUUUGAAUGCCUCGGAAGGAGCUCUCGGAACUUUGGCACAAGCCAUUAUAGUCGCAAGUUCUUCUCCGUAUAUUUUCAUUGCAUUCCCGGCCCUUUUUCUCGCUGUGUUCGCCAUCCAAAGGUUCUAUCUUCGGACUUCACGGCAAGUGCGCGCAAUGGAUAUUGAAUCCAAAAGCCCGCUGGUGACCCACUUCCUCGAGACUAUCAACGGGCUGCAUACUAUCCGUGCGUUUGGCUGGCAGCGCAGAAGCCAACGCAGCUAUCAGACUCUACUCAGUGCCUCUCAGAAACCAUACUAUCAGCGUUUCAUGCUCCAGAGAUGGUUGAACUUAGUACUCGACAUGGUCGCUGCAGGUGUCGCUAUUCUUGUUGUCGGGCUGGCCAUAAAGUUCCAAACUCGCUCCACACUGAUCGGAUUAGCAUUGGUCAAUGUCAUAUCGCUUAACGAGACCUUGCAACUCCUGAUCGUUCAAUGGGCAGUUAUGGAGAUAUCGCUCGGCUCUAUCACCCGACUAGAGGAGUUCACAGCACAAGCCAAGUCUGAAACGAAUCCUCAGCAGCAAGACGAGCCCGCCCCCCAGAUGAUGGGGCGCCGAUGGCCCCCACAGGGAUCAAUCGAAUAUAGAAAUGUUAUUGCUCGGUACCAUGAGAGUGGCCCCGAUGCGCUUAAAGGCAUCUCCCUGUCCAUACCGGCAGGGUCGAAAGUUGGGAUAUGUGGUCGGACGGGCAGUGGAAAGAGCACCCUCAUUUCUGCGUUGUUCCAGAUGAUUGACGUAACAUGUGGCUCGAUUGUCAUCGACGGCGUCGACACUACAAGCCUCCAUCCGGAGACAAUCCGAUCCAGUCUCAUCGGGAUCUCUCAGCAAAGCUACGUCAUACCAGGACUUUCGGUCCGAGACAAUCUCGGUCUGGGGUGUCCAGAGCCGUUGGAUGAUUCGCAGUUCAUAGCGGCCUUGGAGAAGGUCUCUCUCUGGGAGACAAUCUCCAAACGAGGUGGCCUUUCAGCAGUCCUGGACAACGAUACCCUGUCUACUGGACAGAGUCAGCUGUUCUCAUGUGCGCGCGCCCUCCUCCGACCCGGGGCUGUGGUGGUCUUGGAUGAGCCGGCCAGUAACCUCACCUCUGAGACCGCGGAUAUGAUCCAGCGGGUUGUCGUGGACGCGUUUCGGGAGCGUACGGUGAUUGUCAUUAUGCAUCAGAUUGAGAGACUCCUGGACUUUGACCUGGUGGUGGUGAUGGAGGACGGCCGGGUAGCGGAGAUGGGACGGCCCCAGGAGCUACGCGAGGGAGCAGGGCCGUUCCGGAUGUUGUUGGACGCGAGUCAAGGGAGGGCGUGACUUAGUUACUAUGCUCUCAGCUCGAAGAUAG